CCCCCCGUUUGGCAGCUUCUUUAGGAUUAGUCCAGGAGGCGACCAGUCUAUCCAACCCAAACUCUGGAGCGUUCACUUCGUUCUUUCUACCAACUACCUUGCUACGUCCACUUCUGACGUCCUUCCCUUCUUUUAUUUUUUCUCUUUUAUAAAGGAAGUCCAAUCCCUUUUCCUGGUCACUCUCUCCCCGUUCUCCUUCCCCUACAUUCUUUCCCCGGCUUUUUCUUUUCUCCCGCAACCCCCUUCUCGAUCAUCGCGUUCGCUCGCCCAUCACAAUGCGUGUUUCCGGCCUUCUCCCCAUCAUUCUGGCCGCUGCUCCGGCUGUGGUCUCAGCCCGCGGUACUCUGGGUUUCUCGCUCGGUGACAAGAAUGCCGACGGUACUUGCAAGUCCACCAGUGACUAUGAGUCCGACUUCGACAACUUGAAGAGCCUGUCCACCCUCGUCCGCACCUAUUCCGGCACCGAGUGCGAUACUCCCCAGAACAUCAUCCCGGCUGCUAAGAAUAAGGGCUUUAAGGUCGUCUUGGGUAUCUGGGUCGGCGCUCAGGACAAGACCGAUAUGAGCACCAACGAUGCCUCUUUCCAAAAGGAUUUCGCCGCCCUCAAGAAGGCCGUCCCCGGCAACGAGGACGUCAUCGAGGCCAUCACCGUCGGUUCCGAGACCCUCUACCGUGGCGAUCUGACCGGCCCUCAGCUGCACAACUACAUCUCCGCCGUCGCCAAGCAGUUCCCCAAGGUCACCGUCGGUACCGCUGACAGCUGGAACAAGUUCGCCGACGGCACUGCCGAUGACCUCUUCACCACCAACACCGAUGCCAACCCUAUGGUCACUUACGUUCUGGCCAACGCCUUUGCCUACUGGCAAGGAACCGCCGCCGACAAGGCCUACCAGACCUACUUUGAUGACAUGUCCGGUGCCAUGUCCCACAUCCAGAAGGUUGCCGGUUCCAAUGCUGAUAAGAUCCGUGUGAUCAACGGCGAGACUGGCUGGCCUACUGAUGGUGGCUCUGAUUACGAGGCUGCCUUGGCUGGUACUAAGAACGCCGAGAAGUUCUGGAAGACCGGUGUCUGCGGCAUGCUCGCCUGGGGUGUCGACCUGUUCUACUUCGAGGCUUACGAUGAGUCCUGGAAGCCCGCCAGCGUUGGUGACAACGGCAAGGCCAUGGACGAGAAGCACUGGGGUCUGUUCACUGCCGACCGCAAGAUCAAGUUCGACACCAGCUGCCCCAAAUAAAGCGUUCAUUUACUUCAUGUGCGCUUGAUUGGGGGGUUGUUUCUUUGCUUGUUGAACGUUUUCUCCCUCAAAACUGAAGGAAACUCAAGAGACUCGUAGAUACUUUCGAUUUUUCUUUUUUUUUUUCCAAGAUUAUAUCAUGUUUUGAAAGCCCAAAGCUUCGUUUUCGUUGUUUAACAAUUUCUAUCACUUUAUUAACCCUUUUUCGUUGGGUUUCGGGAAUCGCGCAUAGACGAAUUGUUAGUUUUCUGGGAACUGGAAUCCGAAUUGAAAGAUGAUACGGAUGCAAUU